GGCUGGCGGCGACUGUUGGCUGGGAGGGGGGAGGAGGAGCGCGAGAGCGAGCGAGGAGAGCAGGGUGGCUCAGUCAAGUCAGUCAGUCAGUCGGGAGAGUGGAGUUCUUUAAAGAUGGCCGGAGCGGCUGUGGCCACCACGGCCACCCCCGUGUACUGCGUGUGCCGGGAGCCCUACGAUGUGAACCGCUUCAUGAUCGAGUGCGACAUAUGCAAGGACUGGUUCCACGGCAGCUGUGUCAGAGUAGAAGAACAUCAUGCUGUUGACAUUGACCUGUACCACUGUCCCAAUUGUGCAGUUCUUCAUGGACCCUCCUUAAUGAAAAAGAGAAGGAACUGGCACAGGCAUGACUAUACUGAAUUUGAUGAUGGUACCAAACCAGUUCAAGCUGGAACACGAACAUUUGUAAAACAGCUACGAGCUCGUUCAUUCCCAAGUGCUGAUGACAUAAUUUUGAAAAUGCAUGGCAGCCAGCUAACGCAAAGAUACCUGGAGAAACAUGGAUUUGAUGUUCCCAUUAUGGUUUCCAAAUUAGAUGGCUUAGGUCUGAGACUUCCUCCCCCUACUUUCUCUGUUCUGGAUGUGGAACGAUACGUAGGUGGUGAUAAAGUGAUAGAUGUUAUUGAUGUGGCAAGACAGGCAGACAGUAAAAUGAAGCUCCAUAAUUAUGUUAAGUAUUUUAUGAACCCUGAAAGACCAAAAGUAUUAAAUGUGAUCAGCCUUGAAUUUUCAGACACAAAGAUGUCAGAAUUAGUGGAAGUUCCUGAAAUUGCCAGAAAACUCUCAUGGGUGGAAAAUUACUGGCCAGAUGACUCAGUUUUUCCUAAACCUUUUGUUCAGAAGUACUGCCUGAUGGGAGUCCAGGAUAGCUACACAGACUUUCAUAUUGAUUUUGGGGGCACUUCUGUCUGGUAUCAUGUUCUCUGGGGUGAGAAAAUCUUCUACUUAAUCAAACCUACCAAUGAAAAUUUGGCAAUCUAUGAAGCAUGGAGUUCAUCUGUCACCCAGAGUGAAGUUUACUUUGGAGAUAAAGUUGACAAGUGUUACAAAUGUGUUGUGAAGCAAGGACAUACUUUGUUUGUUCCAACAGGCUGGAUUCAUGCGGUGCUCACAUCUCAGGACUGUAUGGCUUUUGGAGGAAAUUUUUUGCACAACCUCAAUAUUGGCAUGCAGCUCAGGUGUUAUGAAAUGGAAAAAAGGCUAAAAACCCCAGAUCUUUUCAAAUUCCCUUUCUUUGAAGCCAUCUGUUGGUUUGUGGCCAAAAACUUACUGGAAACUUUGAAAGAAUUGAGAGAAGAUGGUUUUCAGCCCCAAACCUUCUUGGUGCAAGGAGUAAAAGCUUUACUUACUGCUUUAAAGUUAUGGAUGAAAAAAGACCUAGUAACAGAACAUGCCUUUGAAAUUCCAGACAACAUUAGGCCAGGGCAGCUCAUUAAAGAACUUUCUAAAGUGAUUCGUUCUGUAGAGGAAGAGAACAGCAAACCAGUGAAAACUCAGGGAAUUCUUGGUGUGUGCCAAGUUUCACGGUCCUCAAAUGAAUCCACCUCCACUCAUCAUUCCAGACGAAAAGCAAGGAAGCUACGAGACCAUGCUGUCAAAACACCUUCUAAUUUGGACAUUUUGGAACUCCACACUAGGGAAGUGCUCAAAAGACUAGAGAUGUCCCCAUGGGAAGAGGACACAGCAAAUUAUAAACUGAAUGGAAGGUUUAACAAGCCUCUUCAGCCAUCUUCAACUGUUCCUGAAUGGCGAACGAAGGACAAUGAUUUACGGCUUCUGCUGUCAAAUGGAAGAAUAAUUAGACACGAGAGGCAGCCCUUUAGAGAUCCAAGUCUUUACACUGCGGACAGUGAAGAUGAGGAUGACAGGACAAAAUCAAAGGAAGAAGAAACUGUUAAAUCAGAAGAGCAAAACUGCCAGGAAGCAGAUGGCAGUGCAGAUGCCCAGAAACCACUGAACAUGUUCUUUGAAAGUGUGAAAUCAGAACUCAGGAAUGGAACCUCAGAAUACUCUGAUAUUUCUGAUUCAGAAGACUCUGAGCCUGAUUGCACUAACCAGCAAAAAGAUUCCUCUGUAGAGGAGUCGGAAAGCUCAGGAGAUGAGAAACAGGAAGUAACUUCAAAUUUUAAAAUGGAAUCUGAAGUAACAAGUGACCUCUAUCAGUCUUCACAGAAGCCAUCAAGACAUAUAACUAUAAAUAAAAGGGAAUGUCCUACCUCGACAAGUACGGAGGAAGAAGCUAUUCAGGGCAUGCUUUCUAUGGCAGGAUUGCACUAUACCACUUGUUUACCAGGUCACACACAGAACACAGACUGCACUGAUAGAAAAAGCUCUCUUCAGGAACACAGAAGCUAUCCCAAAAGUCGGCAUAAAGACAAGCUGUCUUCCCAGAGUCAUAAAGCAGAAAGUGGUAAGCACAUUAAAGAAGAAAAAGAUGUGGGGACUUUAACAUUAACUACACCAUUGCAUGCAGUUUCUAGAGUAAACCCUCAGGACAUAAACAAAACUCAGAAAUACAUGAAGAAAGAAGGUGCACCUGAAGCCAGUUACAAAAUUCAAGAAAACAGGAGUCAUCUACAAAGUAAUGGUUUGAACUUCCAACAUGGUAAAUGUAUGCGUGACUCCAGCUUAAUUCAAGGGGAAUGCAGGCUAAGUGAUGGCAGCCUCAGCCCUGACAGGCCAUACGGUGAAACAUCAUUGUCUGUUCCUCUUCAUCCAACCAAGCGACCUGCAUCGAAUCCGCCCCCUAUCAGCAACCAGGCAACAAAAGGCAAGCGUCCAAAGAAAGGAAUGGCAACUGCCAAACAACGCCUUGGAAAGAUUCUAAAGCUAAACCGGAAUGGCCAUGCCCGCUUCUUUGUUUGAUGCAGGAGCAGCUAUCACUGCUGCUUUCUCUCUCACUCUUUUUUUAAAAAAAAACACAGACCAGUAUUGAGGGUAACAGUGCCUGGAGCUUCUGCUUAUUCCUCGGCUUGAAACAGAAUGCAUGUAUCCUAUUAGAACACUGCCUGAUGAACAAAAACGCAAUGCUGCAUUUUCACUGUGCCACACCUGUUCAGCAAUAACCAUUUGGGUAAACAGGGGAAUAUUCAAAGAGACAAUGGACUGCGAGAUGGUCUUUCUUUCUUCAGGGCUCAAUCAUUUUGUUGCUGGUAGUGUCUAAGGUAAUUCGUGAACAGAAGAGUGGGAUGAAGGUGGUUAUCAAUAAUUUAUUUGACAGAUCUUGGCAACUAUUUGAAUUCAUUUUUAAACUAUUUAUUUGGAAGGCAUUUUUUGUGGGAACAAUGACUUUAAUUUUAGAUGUUAAGAAAUGUGAAGGUUUUUUUUUUUAAUUGUCCUUAAUUAAUGUAUGUCUGUUGCAGUGGAGAGCCACAUGAAUGAUUUACUCUGGAUUCAAGCAUUUGAUAUAGAUUAUAGUCUUACAACAUGGAUGUGGUGCAUUAUUAAUUUAAAUUAAGGCACAUGAAAUCAUACUUUAAUUUCUGUCCCUUAUAUAAGCUCUUGGCUGAUUUUUUCAUGGACUUAUCUAAAGUAUGUAUUCUCUGCCUGUUUAUCGAACUUCUCUAUUAUCCCAGUCCCUUAUCCCUCUUCUGCUUUGCCAUUUAUUGACUGUAAAUUGGCACAGCAUGGGCAGAGAGAAGCUUGAAUUGGUAGAUUCAGCAGCCCUCUUGCUCUUAUACAUUUGCUCUUUCCCCCUCCCUCCCCAUUUGUUUUCACGUUACGAAGAACGACCCAUGCAAAGCAUGGAUGCCUGUACACCAAGGAUAGCACUACAUUUAGUACAUGUAGACACUUAAAUGCUUUUUGUCGAGGUAGACUGUUAAUGGUGGCAGAGUACUGCUUGAUUGCAUAUGCCAGCCAAAAAGGUCUUAAAUGGUUCUUGUGUAUACAUAUGUAUAUGUGAAUGUGUUUCAUAGCUUGCUAAUCUCAGAAUGACUAUUUUAUGUCAUGCUUUGCAAAGAUCUGGUAGGAAUUGCCAAUUCUGGAAUAUAUGUAAAUAACUUAGAUGAUAAAAUUGUAUUUUUGUAAUAUAAAAUUGAAUAUUUAAGCUCUUCUCUGGAGGAAAAGGAGAGGCACCUAUACUACUUUUUUGGGUAAGAGGGCUACUCAGUACUAAAGUGGAAAUACUAGAGAUACUACUCUGGAUUUUUUCUUCUUCUGUUGAUCAAGAGCUAAAGCAUGGCCAAAGCUACUCAGUCGCUUGACUUAAUGACAAUAAAAACUUCCCAGCUUCCAUGUUAAAUCUCAAAAUAUAUAAAAUCUAAAAGUCCCAGAACAGAAUUUAUGUGCUUGGUUUUAUUCUCUAUAUUCAGUAUUUGCUGCCUGUACCUUUGGAUAUCUCUAUUAGACUGUACAUAAUGCCCUUCAUCCUUUAACCAACAUUAGUUAAGGUUCCCUGGCAGUUACAGUUGGCCAAAUUUCUCUGGAAGCAUUUCAAGGUGACAGUCCUUCAUCCACUUGCUAAUAACUUUUAAGCCAUGUAAACUUCAGCAGGAUGGCACCCAAACACUUUUAAGUUUGUUAAUUAUGUGUACUUGGAAAUAAGACCCAUUGAAAUCAGUGGCACUUCUGAAUAAAUAUGGUUAAGGAUUUGGAGUGUAAAUGGGAGUAAAACAAAUCAAAUAAUAAGAUGUUUCCUGAGUUUUGAGUAAGAGUUUUUUAUCACAGUGUGGCUCAAAACUGUCUAGGUUGGAAACCUUAUUGGAGAAUUCGUGUGUUGCCAGUAGAGCAGAGUAUUAAACAAAAGCUCAGUACUUUGGAGAACAGCUGUAGUGACUAGUAUUGAUCCAAGAAAAUUAUUUUCAUUGCAAUUCAUGUGUCUUUAUCUAAGCUGUAGUAUAUUUCAAUUGAAAUAUUUGUAUGGUUUGUUCUCAGUACCUCUUCAAGUAAGAUUAAUGCUAUCUGGAUGUAGGCAGGAAAAAGCAGUGCUAAGAUACUUGGUUUUUGAAGCCUUGGGUUUGGGUCUAAUACAGUUAUCUUUAGUAAGCCAUUCCUCCCCCCCCCCCCAAGUAUUUCUUAUGAUAUUCCAAACAUAGUCAGAGAGGUGUAAAAACUUUCAAUUUAGAUUGAAGGCGAAGUACAGUGAACAAGAAGCAUGUGAGAAUGAUUAUAUUGGAAUUCUGUUGCUGAACUUUAGAGUAGCUAACUCAUAAACUGGUCUAGUUCUCUAAGCAUAUCUUUAUUCUAAGAUUUAUAGUUUAGUCGUUAUUGGCAGAAGGAGAGAGGGGUGGAUUUUGGCUAGAACCAUGUGUUUAAUAUUUCACCCCUCUGCCUCUCCAUGUUCAUGAACAUACAACACAUUUCUUUAUAACCUACCUAAAAGAGGACAACAUAUAAGAUUUUUGGAUCCCCCAUGUUUCUAAUGGGAGAAGAAAAUAUUUUCUAACUUUGGUUAAGGCUUUUAGUAAAAUAAAUCACUGGAUUAGGAGAGGAAGGACACCAAAUCUGUGUAAGUGGGAAUAAAUUGGUUUGAAAAGUGGCACCCAAUUCUUUUAGAUAGCUUGAUGAAGAGAUUUGAGUGGCCAGUGCUUGUCUGUAUGAGUAAUGUUAUAAAACACUUGAUGGAGAUCCCUCCUGCACCUGGCUUUAUAUGUGUAGAUUUUUCAAAGCCUUAAAAAAAAAUUUUAUGCGUAAGGUGGAAUUAUUAGGGACUUGUUCUUUCCAGGGACAGACAUCGGCAAACUGCAAAUAUUUAAUUCCAUCUCUCCAGUUUCUUGUAACUUCAUUUUUGACCAGACAAUUUGAAUAUACAGCAUCAUCGGGGGGGCUCUGUUGGCAUCAUCUUCAGGGACCUCCUUAUCUUUUUACUACACAUUAAUAAACCCAGGCUAUAAAGUCACCUUGAAUGGCUUCUGUGGUAGAUCUACCUAUGCAAUCAAUACAUUGAUAAUCUUAAUCAUUCUCAAAUCAUUUCCAGAAAGGUGGAACCAGUAGAGCUGCUUUUCCAGCCUCAAUUUGUUGUUGCUGAAGUGUUUCUGUUAGUGUCCUUUGGGCUAAGAUCACAGUGCCAAGGGUCACAUCAACGAAACUUAAUUUCACAUAAGCAUUUAACAUACCACAGCCUGCCUUCAUUCACCAGGAUGUGUAGUCAUUAAACAUUGAAAUCUUUGUAGAACAGCCCAGGGCUGACUCCAGAGCUUGCUUACUCUUUCAUUGUGAACUUGGAGGAAACUGUGGAAACCUGAUGCUAUAAAAGACAAGACUGAAUUCCUUUGGAUUGUGCCUCUCCUCCUCUCUCACAUUUUCUGUGCCACCAAAAAUCUCAAGGUGUCUUUUUGUUUAAAAAAAUACUAUGAAACCUUGCAUCAUACUUCCAGACCAUUAAAAACUGUCCACUGCCCUGGCCCAAAGUAUGGCCAGAGCAACUUUUACUUUGUGGAAGAAAUAUAAACUGAUCUAAAGGGCCUUACUGUUUGUAGCUCAACUGGAUUGAAAAGCUGCGACAUCUGUUCAUUUUUUUCCUCCAAAAAGGCAAAGAUACAAAAUGAGUAAAUCGUGCAGCAUUGGGUGGGAAGAAGACUAGCACUGAUGAGGGAAUGCAGCUGUUGCUAAAAGCAGCAUUCCCACCUGGAAAAGGACUUUUCUACUUGGAAUAUAAAUUGAAGCCAUAAUAGUUUCUUGCUGUGGGAAGGGGAAUAAAAGAAAACACUUUAAGAGAUUAUAUUAAUAUGAAUGAUGACUUCUGCUGGGAAAUGUUUAAUGUUGCUGAUACUUCGGCAUUUUUAAAAUAUUCAUUGCAUUUGAAAAAAGGGGGGGAGAUAGUUCUUGGCUAUAUUCACUAGUUUUGUAGUAGUGUUUUGCUGAUGUGUCUUUUUCCCUACACCUUUUUCUACUGUCAUAGUCUAAUUUCUAACUUUUUGAAUGUUUGUGAAAUAGCUGUCUUUCUGAAUAGGGGUUUGUGUGUCCUCUGUUCUUUUUUUUACAGAAACACACUACUGUGUGGAGUGUUUUGGCUGGGAAAUGGGAUGCUGCAGCUUUAAGAGCUUUUUUCCAAUUUAUAACAGUGUUUCCCAUCCCUUUUUUGUUUGCCUGCAGGCAGGGAAAGAGUAUGUACAGUAUUUAUUUUGUUUCAAUUUUACUUUGGAAUUUGUAAGUUUCUAUAAGUAGCUCACUGUUUGGGAGGACAAGUGGCUUGGUUAAAUUUGUAUUUGACAUAGUUUCCACUUUCUGUACCUUAAAAUACUGAAAUUAAAAUCUGUAUUACUUAUGUUUUUGA